AAGCCAAAAUCGCCGCCGCGUCUCUCUCCGGUACCCCGUGUAUGUGCCAGAAUCUCACCGCCAUCUAUCACCGCCGCACAGGAAAUGAUGGCUGGGAAGUUGCAAAAAAUAGUUUUACGUCCGAUGUCUGUACAAGAUAAUAGCCCCUAUUAUAAGAAAGUUGAAAUUUAUGCCUUCGAUGAAGGCUUAUUCCCGUCUAAGACGUCAGUUGAUGGUGAUGAUGAUGAUGAUAAUUUGGUUUUGGUUUCUGGGACUAACAUCGGCCCGCGCCCAUAUGUUGCAAAGCCUAUUAGCCUUCUUGAUCAUUAUCAUCGUUUCGCGGCCUUUAUGGCUCACAAGUCUCGCGUGUAUUAUGCCGGGGGAUCCAACCCUAAUUGCAAGACGUGUCUUCACGAUUGUCCUGAUCGCGCCAUCAGAGAAAAUAAAGGCAUGAGAUCUGUGUUUUGUAUGGAUACCACUAGAGGGAGUGAGUGGACUAGACUGCCCUUGAUGACAUAUGGUCGAUGGGCACCCAAACUUCAUGUCCUUGGUGGUGCACUUUACGCCAUAGGUGGUGCGAAUUACGCACAAUCGGCGGCAUUCAUGGAGGUGCUUCCUGAAACUGCAGAUGAAUGGGUCACGCUUCCUGAUCCUCCAUGUCCUCUCAAGCGGGAUUACGACCAUUUAAAACCUGUUCCAGUUGUAGUAGAUGAGAAGCCUGAAGAUUCCUAUUUCUUGUUCAUUUUGUUGCCCAAACAUGAUGUGUUCUACACUUACACACCAAAAUCAAAUCUGUGGGCUGUUGUGGACUCUUCUUAUAUCCCUGGCCUAGUCCCUCACACUUUUGCGUUCGACAGCCAUUUUGUCUAUCUCUACACGGACAUCAAAGCCAACGCACACAAAUUAGUUUGGCACAACAUACGUCUAGGUCAAAACCAUGAGGUGGAUUUGUUGAUGGAAGGAUUGAUUCCUCCUAGCGCUCCAUUUCCGGAGGACGUGGGAGCUUGUGAGAUCACAUUGUUUCAUGUUGGCGGCAAUGAAUUUGGUCUUUUAUGGGUUGAUGGUUGUGACAUGGGAAAAGGCAGGGAUGGUUAUUGGUGUUGCAGGUUUACUUUUGACUAUAAAAGGGCGCUUGCUGGUCUGAAAUGUUGUUCUCUGCUUUGGUACAGCAGAUGUAUUGCUCCAAGGAUGCCAACAAGGCCUGUUCUUGUUGUGGAUGUGCCUGACCACUCCACAAAGGGAGGGCACUACCAUGAGGGCCAUUAUGUUUCCACGCCAAAGCAAGUCCUAGAAAGAAGAGACGGAGCAGGGACAUCAGAAAGGGGAGCACGGUCAAAGCAAUUAUUGGGAAAACAAGACAGAGCAGAGCUGGAACCUUAGAGUUUUUUUUACUCCUCUUGGUAACACCCUCUCUUCAAAAUGUGCGACAAUGUGAAUCUUGAUGAAUGGUUCUUAUUAUCCAUUGGAGGGAGGAGCUUUUGUGUGCUUGUUUUUCUUUCAAAUAAGCGGUGUUCCUCUUUUUGAGCUUCCAUUCCGCCUUUUGUGUGGCUUCUUCUUCUGUCUAUAAAAGUAGAAAUGCGCGGAUGAUGGGCGGGAUGUGCUUUGUGUUUUUGGACAUACAAAAUGAAGCUGGUGUUUCUCAACUCCCUUUCUUUUAUAAUGCUCCUUUUUUGCUUUUGUGUGCAAAGAGUCCAAAUUGUGAUUUGA